AUGGACAGCACCUGGCAAAGGCAGCGCAUCUUUCCCUUGCACAAAAACAAAAAAGUUGUGACUCAAGGACAUGCCCUUUCGGCAAGUGAUUUUCCAGCAUCUGUGUUUUCCAAAGUCUCACUUGUGUUUUGCCACACAACCAUAUUAUCAUCCCCAAACUUCCUGUCCAACUCUCUCUUGCACUCUGCUUGCUGGCCACUGCACUCAGACCACAACCACAGCGAAACAGCCACUGCUUUACUGCAGUUUAGCUUGGGCAACAUGUCGGCUACCAUCAACCCCCGACAAUUGAAUCUCGAGAGCAAGUCGCACUCGUACAGAUGCGCGUCCCCAUACCCAGACCCUUCCGGCGACAGCAUGGACGCCGUCAUGGAUGAUACCUCUCUCUCCAGCCUACCCGGGAGGCGCACUCGCGCGGCCAGAGCGCACGCCAACAACAAGUUAUUGAGAAUCGACACGGAGCAGCUGAAGAGCCUCUCUCUACGUGAAAGGGGUACAGCUAGACACCUUAACCGGUCGUCGACGGGACAGCACGUGCGUGAGCAGCAAUUCCAAAAAUAUCGCGAGUUCCUAUGGGAGACGGGUCGGGCCAACCUGGGCAACAAAGACGCACCGCACGUCAACAUUGCACCGGUGCGGCUGCCUACGACGCAAGUCUCAAGCUACGGAAGCAUCACCAUCUACACCGUGGUUCACUCCCAGGGCCACAGCCCCGUCGGUCUGCGCCGCAAGUUCGAUCGCAACUUGCUGAGCGCCACGGUCCUGGAGCCAUUCAAGUCGCCUUCAACACCCAACUUUAACCGCGAGGAGCUGCUCUCCUCCAUUGUCGACGCGAACCAGGCCCUGGCAUCGAGAAGGCCCCGAAAGAGCACGAAGACGACAUCCACCAAGACACCUACCCGUAUGAGGGAAGAGUUUAUACCAACUGGCAUCCCAAUGCAUUUUCCAUAUGCAAGAUCCUCUCUCCCUAUUCUAGCUGCCAUCAUCAUGUCGAACCAAGUUCGCGUGGGUGGCACGAUUGAGCUGCCGCUGCCGCAGCCAGAGGCCUGGGCGGAAACCGUGGCCUGGGUGUACACUGGCGAGGAGGAGCUCAUGACGGACAAGGUUCGGGAAAACGUCCAGUACCUCGGUGGCAGAGUACCAUGA